AUCGCCACAAGUGCCACUGCCUUAAGGGGCUGCACUCUCGUCAUGUGACGCGGCAGUCGCACAGCCCAGGUAAAGAAGCUCCCAGCGAUUGGCUAUAGAAGUCGGCGCGGCUUCUGACUGGGAUCGCUGUAAGCAUGUUGCUGCCGCUGUUUGCCUGCCUUGGGCUGAGUGUCGGGAUUCAGUGGGUUCUGUGGGUUGUAGCCGCGCUGCUUCACACGGAGAAGUUUUAUGACUUGGCUGGCAGUGGAACUUUCAUCCUUUUGGCACAUCUCAGCCUGCAAUGGACAGGAGCAAGAUAUUUGCGGCAACAGAUCCAGACAGGGUUGAUCACAAUAUGGGGUGUAAGACUUGGUACAUUUUUGUUCCUGAGAAUUUUGCGUGAUGGCCAUGACAGGCGAUUCAAUGGCGUGCGUGAUAACCCCAGAACGUUCCUCAUUUACUGGACAAUGCAAGGUAUUUGGAUAUUUGUAACACUUCUGCCAUCUCUGAUGUUAAAUCUGGAAAAGCGAGACAAGCCACUGGGACUGCGUGAUUUUUUGGGUUGGUCGCUAUGGACAGUUGGGUUUAUAACGCAGGCGACUGCAGAUCAACAGAAGUGGAGCUUUAGAAGUGACCCUGACAACAUGGGUACAUUUAUUCAGAGUGGUCUGUGGGCAUACAGCCGCCACCCAAACUACCUUGGAGAGAUCUUGCAGUGGAGUGGGCUCUUCCUUUCUGCUUCCACUGUUCUGAGUGGUUUCCAACUUGUGAGCAUUAUAUCUCCAGUUUUUGUGUGGUUCUUGCUCAGUUAUGUGAGUGGAAUACCAAUUCUUGAGAGGCAAGCCUUGAAAAGAUGGGGCAGUGAAGCAGCUUACCAAAGUUAUGUCCAACGGACCCCUGUGCUCUGGCCUUUUAAGUUUUAAUUUUUCAAAAACUCUAAUUUAGAGGCCAAUUUACAAAGGAUCUUUAUUUUUGUUUGGGGUGAAAUUUGUUUCUGCUGAAAUAAAGAAUGUGUGUUUAA